GCGCCCGCGCAGAUCUCCUCAACGAGCGACACGCGUCGCAUCGGGCGCUGCAUAUUGCUGACCAUGCGACUCUCUCGUGUCGCGCUGUCUCGGCGACUGCAACUCUGGCUGUCGCUGCUUCUCUUCGUGAUCGUGACCGUCUCAGCGGCUAGCAACCCAGGACCGCAAGAAACGACUCGGCCGGUCUACGAGCCCGAUAACCAGAUUGUAGUUGUCUUGCCUCCGCCUGCCGAAGAAGCCUCUCCAGCAUGCUCGGGUAAUGCGUCAACCAACGCCGCCAGGUACUCUGCCGCAGAGGCCAAUAUCCUCCAUGACCUCCACUCGGCGCUGUCCACAAUGCAAGACAGCUACUUCGCCGUGUGGCUUGGAAAGUACACCACCGCGAUAGACUGGACCGCGGCCGUAAUGUCCACGUAUGUCUCGGCGACACUCUCGACGCUCUCACGCUCGCUUUCUUAUACGAUGCCCGGUACGUUUGACAAGAGCAGGAAACUGGACGUUGAAGCGCAAAUGGUGGAGAAUGAAAUCAACAAGUACUUUGCGCAGACUUCGGCGUACUACUUUGGCGAAGACCACUUUGCCAUUAGAAUGCAAGCGUAUGACGAUAUUCUCUGGGUGGUACUGGGCUGGCUGGAGGCGUCCAUGUUUGUUGAAAGCCAUUCCAAUAGCCACUAUACGGUCAAUGGCGUAGUAGACAAGGGCUGGCAUGCGAGCCAGUUUGUGCCAGCUUUUGCCCACCGUGCACGCGUGUUCUACGAGUUGGCCGAGAAGGGCUGGGAUUGGAGGCUCUGUGGGGGAGGCAUGACGUGGAACCCUCGAUUGCUACCCUACAAGAAUGCCAUUACCAACCAGCUCUUCAUCUCAGCAAGUAUCAGCAUGUACCUGCAUUUUCCUGGGGAUGAAAACUGCUCGCCAUUUUUGUCGCAAUACGACGCGUCGAGACCACACAGCGAGGAGCUGUACGAUGACUGCGAUCAAGAAAGGCGAGGCCGUUACGAUCCCGUCUAUUUGGCCAACGCAGUCAAUGGAUACGAAUGGCUGAAGAGCAGCGACAUGACCAACGAGCAGGGCCUGUACGCCGACGGCUUCCACAUUGCAGGCUACCGCACAAAUCACAGCAAAACGACGUGCGACGAGCGCAACGAAAUGGUAUACACGUAUAACCAAGGCGUAGUGCUCUCCGGACUGCGCGGCCUCUGGGAAGCCACGGGUAAAAUCUCGUACCUGGAAGACGGUCACGAGCUAGUCCGGAAUGUCAUCCGUGCAACAGGCUGGACAACGGAUAGUCUUGACUCAACGCCAUCGUUUACCACCGCAGCACGCCGCUCGUCUCACGAUAACAAGGAAUCCCAAGAAGAAAAACGGAAAACAUCAAGCCACUGGUCGGGCCUCGGCGCAAACGGCAUCCUCACCGAACUCUGCGACCCUUCUGGCCACUGCAACCAAAACGGCCAAACAUUCAAGGGCAUCUUCUUCCACCACCUAACCGCCUUCUGCAAGCCUCUUCCUACUGUUCCCAUGCGAGUAGGCAAAACCCACGCUGCGGGGCGCGAACUAGCAAUGCUCCAUGCAAACAGCUGCAAAGAAUACACUCCGUGGGUGAUACGCAACGCGCAGGCCGCACUCGCCACGCGCGACGAAAGAGGCAGAUUCGGAAGCUGGUGGGGAGCAUUUGAUACAAGUUUCAUGUCGCAGCGCAGCCAUCCCUCUUCAUCUCACAACGAUGAGCAGCCCCGCGGCAGCGAAAACGCAACGGACUACCGUAACACGGGUCCUCAGAGCGGUCUCUCCAACGACGAGCAGAAAAUGUAUGUUGAUGCUAGGUCUGUAGCGUCUUCUGGUACGGCGGCUGCUACGUAUUUCGCAUCUAUUAGAGAUGGCCAUGACGAUGAUGAUGGCGACAGUAGCAGUCAUGGUCGCACAACUAGACGCAAAUCAGCAAAAUCGUCAAAACGACACACAGGCGACCUGAACGAUCGGGGCCGCGGCCGCACGGUAGAAACCCAGGGCAGCGGUGUUUCGGUCGUGCGCGCCAUGUUGAUGUUUGUCAAGCGGUCUGCGAGCGAGGGCGAUGGUGCUGAUGACUGGGAUUUGUGAG